AUGGGAGAAGCGGUAGAACAACCCCAGGAGCGAGCUCGAGCCCAAGCCCAAGCCCAAGCCCAGAAACGAUCCUCCUCGCAGGCAUCUACCUCGUCGAUACGAAGCCAGAGAGGGAAGACAGUCCGUUCGAAACCCCUCAAACGGUUGAGCACAUGCUCGUCGACACAUACUGCCACAGACCUUACCUCGUUCCCGUCUCUGUCUCCGGAUAGGUCACCAGAAGGGUUCUUCGGUGAGCCUGCCUUGAACCAUGCCCUGAGUCGGGCGCUGCUGGUUGAAAAUAGUGAUAAAGAGCCGGAUGGCGAGCGUGGACGGAAGGCAACGCUGGAGGGCCUCACUACGACUGUGCCCCAGCUCUCCGGUAGAGCUGCUCUGUUUAGCGACUUUGCAUCCACCCAGGACGUCCCUGGGGCGCUGCACUUGGCGAGUGAUGACCAUAUCGAACGGCUGAUUGCCCGGACUGGAGCCGUGAGGUUGGUUCGGCAGUUUGCAAGGGAUCUGGCACUACGUGACGCGGAGAUAUCGGCUUUGCGACUACGUGCCGAUGACCGGGAACGAGAAUUGAAGAAGAUGCUACGUGAAGUAGAGGUAUCGAAUCACGAUAUCGAGCGGCGACUCUACCUGCUUGAGAACCCACCGGAUGGUUCCCUAGAUACCACAAAGACUGAUUAUUCUUCCGAACAAAGAAGUCUGACCUCCUCCAUCGAUGAUAUGAUGAACCAGGCAAUGCUGGAAGAUGUAGGUUCCCACAAGGGUGACUUGGAGGCCACUAUCAGACCUCAUCGGACUGAUAGUGACCCUAAGUCCGGCAACUCGAGUGCAGGAUCGUCUAAAAAGCCUACAGCAGCUACUGGACGCGGAUGGCAAGACUAUAUAUGGGGUACUUCGACGGCAAGCCAAAGACAAAGCAGAGCUAAUAGUAUGAGAAGUGAUGCGGGGGAUGGGCUUCGCAUCCCAGCCUCAUCCUCAAAUCGGCGAAAAGUGCUUGACGGACAGCUAUUCCAGCCUCCAGGGGCUGCCGCAGACACCACUGGUUUUGGGAUCGAGGGAACGGCAUACAAAUCCGGUGACGGAGACGAUCGAAGCAUUAUCUCUCAACGAUCAUCAAACUCAGUAGCUUCAUGGACCGUCAAAUUAUUUUCUGGGAAGGGAAAAGACGGCCAGGAUGGUCCUCGCAGUCGCGCAUCGUCAAGAAACCCAGAUUCUAGGAACAGUAACCAAUCCCCCGCACCCCGUGUAUCUAAGCCUGCUGGGACUGCUCUAGCCGCGUUAACCAGGAUAAACGGUUCGACCGGCGUACAGCAACUUUCUGUUCGCUCAUCUGGAUCGUCAAGUAUGCGUAAUGCGACUAUGAAUAAUACGGCAAAAUCACGACGUAUGAGGGUUCAGAGUACAUCUGGUACAGGAACUCCAGGGAGUGCACACCCGGACAGCGAAGCGACUAAUCUUGGACCUGUUGAGAUGGAUGCCAUCCUACCGAUGGAAUCCCGUCCUCCCACCCUUGCCUAUAUCCAUGGGGAGUAUAACCCGGGCGACCUGCUCACUGACAGGUUUGGCUUCAUCUACGACCAACGGAGGAACCGCCGCCAAAGAGAGGUGAAUACGAGCCGAUCUAGUGAGGAAAUUCCUAGCCCUACCAAUGCAGCUGGUUCUACCAAGGUGGAUAGCAACAGUAACGUUGCACUCCCUGUUGCAGGUGAUGAUGCUGAUGGUAGUGGCUCUGGACUUAGGAGAUGGCAAGACUACCUAAAGACUGCCACAAAACCUACUGAGCUACUAUCGCACACGCCUGCAGCCUGUCCUGUCGUCUCGGUUGAACAAAGUGCCCUACCAAAACCACGAGUAUCGUCGAUUGCUGUUGGUAAGAGCGGCGCAGUGUCUGUGGUAAAUAGCCCUGCUCAACCAUCCGCAAUUACAUCUGCGGUCAUCUCAAAUCAUGCUGAGUUUGCAGGAACAGAGGUUAGCCCCCGUGAGGCAUCUGUAUCUGAUCAGCAGCCAGUAAAACUAUUACUGCAACGUUUAACGGAAUUACAUGAUGCGUCGCAGCAAGAUCGAACUGUGAAAUGGAAUGAAUUCAUGCGAAAGGUGCGUGCGGAACGACGGAAGGAAGGCGAAGCUACUGCAGCGUUAGCCCUUCCAGACCGCUCCAAGCCUUCUCGCGAUAUGCCUGAAGUAGCUCUAGCAGAUGGUGAGGUCAUUGGGAUUGCUGGCCUUGGAAACAAAGGCAAAAUCGGUCGUGCCAAGUGGAGAGAGUUUAGGAAUCUAGUUCUAGCCGGUAUCCCCGUUGCAUACCGUGCUAAGAUCUGGUCUGAGUGUAGCGGUGCCUCCGCUCUCCGCGUCCCUGGAUAUUAUGAUGAUCUCGUCAACGGGCAUAUAACAACCCAAGCGGACCCUGGCGCUACUGCUCAGAUUGCUAUGGACAUUCACCGUACCCUAACGGAUAAUAUCUUCUUCCGAAAAGGUCCGGGAGUCGCGAGGCUGAAUGAAGUUCUUCUUGCUUACUCUCGCCGCAAUCCAAAAGUUGGGUAUUGUCAAGGCAUGAACCUGAUUGCUGGCUCGCUCUUGUUGAUCUUACCAACAGCAGAAGAUGCAUUCUGGGUCCUGGCUUCGAUAAUUGAAAAUAUUCUUCCGCCCCAUUAUUAUGACCAUGGCCUUGUCGCUUCGCGAGCAGAUCAGCAAGUUUUGUGCCAGUAUGUCUCUGAGGUGUUACCAAAUCUAUGGUCACAUUUUGAAGGUCUAGGCAUCGAACUUGAAGCCCUAACUUUCCAGUGGUUCCUUUCAAUCUUCACUGAUUGUCUGUCAGCCGAAGCUCUCUAUCGCGUAUGGGAUGUUGUUUUCUGCCUCAACGCUCCCACUACGUUCUCUUCUAUUACUCCGACCUCGCCCCAGGAAUCCGUCGAAGCAACCGCAGGUGCCAAUUCCACUCCAAAAGCAGCUGCAUCUCUUUCUACCGUUGACCGAGAUGUCACCAGUACCAAUAGCGAUGGAGGGGGAAGCACUUUCUUCUUCCAAGUUGCUUUGGCGCUACUCAAACUUAACGAGCAACAGCUCCUGACGACUUGCUCCACACCAGCGGCUGUUUAUUCGUAUCUUAACCACCAGAUGACAAACCAUGCAAUCAGCAUUGAUGGUUUGAUCCAAGCUAGUGAGGCAUUACGAAACGUUGUUAAGAGAGAAGAUGUUCUUUCCAGACGAUCCGCUGCCAUCGAAGCAAUGACUACGUCUUUGCAUUCAUCACACGUUCCAUCACCAGCCCUUCCAUAA